GCCAUCUCGUACGUCUGGGGUGCCCGUCCGACGAUGCACCACCCUCUCAAGCUGAAGGUCAACGGGGUCGAGAUCCUGAUUACGGAGUCGCUGUUUACGUGCCUCCAAGCCUUACGACGGAAUCGUGUGACAGCGCUCAUCUGGGCGGAUGCCGUGUGCAUAAAUCAGGACGACAAGGUCGAGCAGGCCCAGCAGGCCCGUCGGAUGGGAAUGCUCUACGAGUGGGCCACGAGGGUGAUUGUGUGGCUGGGC